CAGAAAAUGGCGACCCGGUGCAGCUGUCAAAGCGAGUGAGUUUAACGCAGUGAAAGUGGACAUUGACACACACUCUUCGUUUUGACAAAUGGACUUUUAACAACUUCAGUUUAUCGCUCGAUAAGUGGAGGUGACGUCUGUAUUAAGAGAAGAGAUGUUUUUAUCUGUAAGGAGGUGACAUUGGGCAGGAAAGAGGUUGCAACUGACAACAAACAGAUGAAAGACAGUGCCAUAGAUCUCUCAUGUGAAACGAUCUGAAAGACAAAUGAACAUUCACUUGCUCACGUAACUGCUGUUUUCGUUGACUUGCUUUUGAAAUGGCUUGGAGGUCACGUCUCUGUUGCAUCGGACGGAGGAAUCUGAGCAUUUUCUCCAGCCCGUCUCCCUCUAAUUGGACUAAAGUUGUGUCCGAUGCAGAGAAGAUCGUCGGAUAUCCCACGUCAUUCAUGAGUUUACGAUGUUUGCUGAGUGAUGAGCUCAGCAACGUGGCCAUGCACGUAAGAAAGCUGGUCGGGACGAAACACCCACUGCUUAACACCGCCAGGGGAUUUGUGUAUGACAGCCGGAACAAUCUACAGAUGAGAGGUCUUGUGGUGCUGCUCAUGUCAAAAGCAGCCGGUCCAAGUUCCAGCACCAGUGACCCGAUACAUGACAGCAUGGUCAGUGGCAUCUACCCCAGUCAGCGUAACUUGGCUGAGAUCACAGAGCUGAUCCACACGGCGUUCCUGGUGCAUCGUGGGAUUGUUAAUUUGAAGGAGUGGACGAACUCGGACGGCCCACUUAAAGACAUGCAGUUUGGAAACAAGAUGGCUGUCCUGAGUGGCGAUUUCUUGUUGGCAAAUGCCUGUACAGGACUGGCCCAGCUUAACAACACCAAGGUGGUGGAGCUGAUCUCCAGUGCUAUUGGGGAUGUGGUGCAAGGAAUCUAUUAUGACGGCUCCAGUUCUGCAGAGGAGGGGGGUCUAACAGUUGCAUCAUGGGAAGACCAGACAUUCCUGUCUCAUGGUGCUCUGCUUGCUAAGAGUUGUCAGGCAGCGAUGGAGCUGGCCAAACACAGUACCGAAGCUCAGAGUUUGGCUUUUCAGUACGGAAAACAUCUCGCAUUGGGACAUAAGGUAAACUCGGAUCUGCAGCCGUUUACGAAGAGUGGGUCAGAACCAGCUGUGUUUAGUUUGGAUUCAGCUCCUGUAGUGUUCCACAGACAGAUCGUAGGUCCUGAGAGAUGGCGCCAUCAGUUACAACAGGCCCAGAAUAUGGCUAGACAGAUUGAUUACACAAAGCUCUGGGGCCUGAUAAAGAUGGAAAGAGGCGUGAGCCAGGCUCUAGACUUGUGCAGUUACCACGGCAACAAGGCCUUAGAGGCCAUGAAGUGUUUCCCACCCUCAGAGGCUCGGUCAGCGCUGGAAAACAUGGCCUGCGCCGUCACCAAGUUCUGAAGAUGGUUGUCGAGCUGGAGAUAGAUAUGAUAUCCAGUUCCCCUCGAUCAGGAUGCAGCUGAUUCGAAGUGAUGAAUUAAGGUCUAUCUGGAUUACACUGGUUGGAGUUUUUUAAGGUUCUGACCUGCUUUCUUUGGAGGACUAAGCUACAGAGAUUUCCAGGUGAUGGUUUUGUUCAUCCAGAACUUCAAUUCAGAUGACUGGCUACAGUUUACCGGACUCACACAUAAUCUAUGCAAUCGACGCAGAUUGUAUUUUAAAAUAAAAUGAAAAUCUCUUGGUUUGAAAAUAUC